AUGUGAAGUCGGCAAGCAAGCGGAAUGGCCGAGAGCUCCGUGGACGCGUCGGUAACUCAAACUAAUGAAGAGCAGAAGUCCGUUCUUGCGAAGGACAAUGAGGGUGAUUCUCGUAAGCAGAGCGGUAUACCCCUGUCCAGAAAGGUGUGUUAUGCCGUGGGAGGUGCACCCUAUCAGAUGACAGCCAACGCCAAGGGCUUCUUCAUGCAGAUAUUCCUUUUGGACGUUGUGCAGAUGAACGCAUUCCAUGUGUCUCUCAUUCUCUUCCUGGGGCGGGCCUGGGAUGCAAUUUCUGACCCACUAGUUGGGUAUAUUGUCAGCAAUAGUGGCAAGACCCGUUUUGGCAAGCUUAUCCCCUGGUUGGUGUUCACCACGCCUUUUGGUGUUCUGUCCUACAUCAUGAUGUGGUUCACACCUCAGGACACCAUGUCCCCCGCCUUCAGCUUCUCUUGGUACUUCACCAUGUGCUGCCUCUUUGAUACCUUCAUGAGUUGUUACCAUGUUCCCUACUCUUCCCUCAAUAUGUUCCUGGGGGGAGACCAAAAGGAUAGAGACUCAGCCACAGGCUACAGAAUGGGAGUGGAGGUGUUUGCGACACUGGCCGGGGCGGCCAUUCAAGGUCAGAUUGUGGGGGUGUACCAUGCCAAAAAGGCCCAUGCCUGCAGCCAAAUGAACCACAGCGGGCAAGCUCUCCAGAACAUCUCCUCACCCUUAACAGAUACGCUGCACAAUACGAGAAGGGCCUAUGUUAUUGCUGCAGUUAUCUUUGGGGCGCUCUACUUACUUUGCUGCCUUGUGCUGUUCCUGGGGGUGAAGGAGCAAUUGGCUCCUCUCAGUACCUUGGACCGAAUCCGCAUACCAUACAUUUCUGGCAUGAAAAUGGUGGUGAAGCACACCCCUUAUGUGCGGUUGGUCUUCGGGUUUCUCUUCGCUUCUCUGGCCUUUCAGAUGGCCCAGGGGAACUUUGCUUUGUUCUGCACCCACGCUGCUGGCUUAGGGGCCUAUUUUCAGCACCUUGUACUUAUACUGCUGACAGCAGCAAGUCUGUCCACCCCACUUUGGCAGACUCUCCUCAUGAAGCUGGGGAAGAAGACCACCAUUUUCAUUGGACUGGCAAUCUAUGCCCCAACCCUGAUCAUCAUCGCCUCUGUGCACAGCAACCUCCCACUCUACAUCUUCAUGUCUAUCUUGGCUGGGUCGAGCCUUGCAGCACUGUACCUGCUGCCCUGGUCCAUGCUGCCUGAUGUGGUGGAUGACUUCAAGGUGAAGAAUCCCACCUGCAAAGACUUGGAGCCCAUGUUCUACUCCUGCUAUGUCUUCUUCAACAAGUUUGGAGGAGGAAUGUCUGUUGGGAUCUCCACCAUGGCCUUGUACUUUGCUGGGUACAAGCCGGGUGCAUGCAGACACAACCCUGAGGUGAUCACCACUCUGCGGGUCCUUUUUGCCCCAGUGCCCAUUGCCCUGCUCCUGGUGGGCAUGGUGCUCUUCUACUUCUACCCCAUUAAUGAGGCACGCCGGCUGCAGAUCCAGAAGGAGCUGAAGGAAGCUGUCACCAGAGAUGAAGACUUAGCUGGAAAUGGUGUGUGUCUGUAGGUCCACUUGAACCCAGAAGAAUCCAGCCCAAGCUCCAUCGAUCCAACUUUCUUUAGGUUCAUCUGUUUGUCCACCUGCCAGCAAUGGCG